GCGAACAGCUGUUUAUAUCAGCCUUUCACUUUAACGCUGCUUGCCAAGAAUUCUUCACAAAAAUGUCGAUUAUAUUAAGACAAAAACUGCGUGCGCCCUGGCUGUUAAAGCAAAUUUGCUACAGCACCAGCGCAAAAUCAAGCGGCGAUGCAGCUGCAACAGCCAAAACGAUACCCAAAAAUUUGCUCGAGGAUAAGCAAACGGCGAAUUUACAAAAGGAAAACGGCGCCGUAUUCGAUAAGCGACCAUUUAAACUGCAUCUGGAUAAAGAUAAAACGUACAGCUGGUGCCUGUGCGGCAAGUCCAAGUCGCAGCCGCUGUGCGAUGGCACGCACAAAAAUGAAUUUCUCAAGAUUAAGCUGAGGCCCAUACGGUUCAAGGUGGAGAAAACAGGCGACUAUUGGCUCUGCAACUGCAAACACACCACGCACCGACCCUUCUGCGAUGGCACCCACAAGCAGCCGGACAUUCAGUCAGCCGUUAGAUAAUUAAUAAUUAUACAAUAUUAAUUGAAUAAUUUGUUUAAAAUGGAAUGCAUUUUGUAGCAUAUAUAUAUUAAAAAUGA